AUGGACCAGCAGCUCAACUUCUUUCGGAUAUCCGCCCCCUCCGACCAACUCACUCUUUUGAUAUGGCUUGUCCUCGAGUCUUUAGCCCAACAUCAAGAACUCACUGAAUCAGAGAAAAUCAAAUUAACUUAUGCACGAUCUCAUGACACCUCUACAAAUGAACCUCAGUCUCUCGCUUCGUCCUCAUCUCCAACCGAGCAUCCUGACUCUCCAGAUCGGCGCUCCGGCUGUAAAAUCACUUUACCCAUCAAUACCAGCUUCUUGAAAACCUAUGGCAUCUCUAAAGUCCUACCUCAGAGUAUCGGUCGCGAUGCAAUCUUAGAGGCGGAGGUCGGUUUGCUCGAGUUACAAAAAAGGCUGGCUGAUUUCAUUGAUCAGGAGUUUGAUGACACCACUAGCGAAAUAUCCACCCUUGAACUCUUUCAUCAACUUCGGAUCCAAUGUGAAAUUUUUUCUCCCUUCGCUGGUGAUCAGGCGACUUCAAAUCGUAGCUCAGCUCAUACUGAUCACAAGCGAACUCCGAAUGACGAUGGCAUCGUGGGUGAGAUUAAAGGCCCCGGUUAUAACCAGCUUGUCAAUCUAGUCAAUCACUCUAUUCCACUUAUGUUGAACCCGAUGGGCUUCGAGGCUCAACUUCGAGCGUAUAGAGCUUUAUACUCUUAUCCGAGCUUGGAACUCGAUGCGUUACGAGGAGGAAUGGGUCGAAAGUGCGCUAGUACGGUGCUUGACGCACGAAUCAUGGUUUACUUUGUUGGUUUGGUUCAAUCGCUUGCGACUUAUCUCUUGAAGGGUGUUGCAACGGUCGUCGAACGCGAUCCGUCUCGGAUGUCUGUGAGGCCACAUGACUUGCUCGUCUUCAUCGGUGAAGAUGAACUCAUGACUGGUUUCUGGGACCUAUUCGAGCUCACCCGAACCAAAGCCUGUAUCGAUCGCAUGGUCGCCGCGACCAGUGGCGGAUCUUAUCAUCAUCGGACUGGGUCCUUUGGCCGCAUCUCUCCUGACACUGUUGACAAGGUGGGCCUCGGGAUUGGCGCUAGUCGUUCAGCAAAUGCCGCACAUCCCAGCCACUACGCCUAUCUGUUCACAAAUCAUCAUCUUUAUAUCUCUGCGCUCCAACGGUCAACAGUUUCUCGAUCUCAAUCGCGCCCCCCUCGCAAGUCUCAUGAUCAAUCUAACCGCGCUCAAUCGAUCGAGACCCAUCGCUCAACUUCGAAUCAUUUAUCAUCAAGUUCUAUCUCGUCUCCCUCCACCACAUCACACCAUGCUCCAAGCCCUGUGAACUCAUUCAGUGCUGCAGUCUAUCAUCAUCCGGCUCAGCGCAAACCGAAUAGUCGUAAUACCAGCCAAUCUUCCUCUCAUUAUACCCAACUUAGCCCCCGUGAUCCUCAGGCAACCGGUAGUCCUGCUCUUGUAACAGUGGGCAUUGUGAACCCAGACGCCCCGGAAUUGCUACCAGGAGCUACACUUAAGCGAACGCCAUCGUUUGGAAAGCGUAGUAAAGAUCGAUCGUCCUCGGCAAUUUCCCGAGAGACUUCUGAUCAUGCCAAGAAAUGGUCUCUCUCCUCCGCAUCUAACCACGGCCACUCGGAUUCUCAGGCGGUCGUAUCUCCUGUAAGCGGUCAUGCGGCAGCGCGCUCGAUGUCUUCGACCUCCCGCUCCUCUGUCGCAUCCUCACAACAAUCUAGAAGGCUCACUGGCCAAGCUUCAUUCUCCAACAUGAAGGCAAUAAUUCAAGGUCAAUCGAGUAGCUCUAGUCGGGUAGCAAGGUCGAGAAGUCGAACGGCAGGCAGUGGCCAUACGAGUAGACAUCAUUCAACUACCAGCCCAGUAUUCGAAGCGUCCAAGCACCCGAUCCCUUCCACCCCAUCUUCCCUCUAUGAAGAUACUGACCACGAUCGACGGGAAUUUCUUACUAUGAGCCCUCAGGAUCAGUUUCGAUCAUUCAAUAUUGAUCCUUCCGCCGAUAGCGCUCAAUCAACAACCGAUCACAAAACUGAAUGGAACCCUAAUAAUAGUAGCAAUGCUACCGAAACUUUAGUCACUCGACCAUCGACCUCCCCAACCAAGCCACUCCAACCUCGAACCGAACGUUUACCGCAACAUCGUAAACGAGUCUCAGAGCAACAGGCUCGCCCCCAUGCCGUAAAACCUGAGCAUCGACACCAUCUCAGUAGCUCGGCCACCGAGGGCACAAAGCCUUUUGAGAGAUUAACUGAAGCUGACGAGGCUCAGGACGGGGAGAGUCAACAAAGUGUAUUUGAGGAUGAUGAUGACGAUAAUUUAGCCCGGCCAGGUAACAUGACGAGUUUGGUGGAAGCAUUAAAGAUUGAUCCGCCAUGGGUCACCCGGACCAAAGCCUCGCUCACUUCGCCGCCAUCGGUUUCGUCCUUGCUCACGGAUUCUCCAGCCCCAUCGACGCAAUCGUUACUGAGAUCCAAGAAGCCCUUGACGUCCUUCUCCAUGAAGAAGGCAAAUACGAGUGGUAAUAAGAAACGCUCAGGUGAUUCGUCGAUCAACCUGAAGCAAAUAAGUCAACCCAGUUCCCUUCUGUACUCAUCUGUGGCGAUUUCUCAAAUGCGGACCGAACCCUUGCCUCAAGCAUCGGAUAAAAUAAAUCUUGACAUGCGCCACCGAUCGCAAAAUUCGACUUACUCAAUGAUCGAAGACAAUGACAAUUCGCCGGCAACCGAUGCGAUCUCAGAUGAAGCUAUCAAACCUCAAAAGCGCGGUCUAAAGUCGUUGUUCGCUAAACUGAAAGGCAGGGAUGACUUACCAACGCUCAUUCGAAGCUCUCAACCUCAAUUUGUUUCGUCGGCUAUAGGUGGUAUCAACCCGAGGGUAAAGGCAGCUGGAGGACCCCACACAGACUUUCACCGGUCUUUGCCUACGCCAUCUCAUACGAGUUCGGCCAUUUUUCCACGACCUCAACCCGGAUCAGCGAGGACUGCUAGGGUCGUAGAUGGGCCGAUGAGAUUGAGAGCACAGAAAUCCUCGCCAAUGAUUUCGACCAAUGCUCAUGCGACAAAAGUCGAAGCUGGACCCCGUUCUGCGACUUUAUUCCCCAACACGGGUUUCGAUCAAUCACAUCAAGAUGGGCCUCGUAGAGCAGUCCCUCAUAGCAUCUCGACGCCCAUUCGCCCAUUUGAUAUCCGAGAAAUGCGCACGCCGUCAAAGUCGCCUACACAUUUGUCAUCUGAUCAGGAUACUCAGUCGCAUCGUAUCACACCUCCAGGCUGGGAAAUGAACAUCGAUGUGCCACCUCCUGUGCCGUCUUUACCAUCGUCAGCGAAAAGUAUCCGCGAAAGCUACGAAAGUGAUCAGAAUUAUAAAGCUAGUAGUAGUAGCAGUGUUGGCCGAUCGUCAGUCGAUCACACAGGCAGCCUUUGCGACACUUCACCUAUCUCGAAAGAUGGCAAGUCUGCUCGUCAAGUUCCAGCGAUAGAAACGUCUGAUGGAGGACAUCAGCAACAGCAACAAGAACUUUUAACUCCUCCAACUGAUUUUGAACAAGCUUUUGUCUACCCUUUUAUUGGAUUAAGUCGAAACGAAAGUCAAACAGUCAAGCAACGAACCAUCACGGCUGGUUCAAAUUCAUCUGAAGCUAGUAAUCAGACCGUUAAAUAUAUGAAUCCAUCGCCAGUUCUUCAUGCUUUACUCGCCUCGCCCAUCUCACCCUUACGACAAGCUUCAGAUCGGAUCGAAAAAAGUGAGCGACCUCGACGAAUAUCAUUAUCCUCUGCCCAUCCUUCCCUCGGAACUACCGCUGGACCUACCUCUACUUCUUCGUGUCGAGAUUCUUCUUCAACUAAUAGUACUUCUUGCACAUCCGAACUCGUGAGGCAAGAAUUUGGUGGUAUGACGAAAGAAGGAGUGGAGGGUACUGAAGUCAUGUGCGAAAGCUCACCGUUUAUCUUACAUAAGAAUUUGAAAUCAAUCGUAUCGCCACGAUCAGCGUCAGGUGUUGGAUCUUCAAGCAUGGCUGGAUUGAACCCUAUGGAGAGAACAUCUGGAAGUGGAGUAGCUGGUGAAGGAAGAAAUCAACAAGAAGUUCAAAAAGGUCGAGAAGGUGAAAUGAAGUCAGCUGAAAUGAGAACUAUUGCAGCUUUGGACCGAGUGAAAGCAAAGAUUGGAAUAUUCAAAAAUGUCGAAGAAGUGAUGGAAGCGAUUGAAGAAGAACAAAGACAAAUCGAAUUAGAAAUAUUACGAAAAGAAACUGAAGAAGAAGAGGAAUUAAGGGAAAGUGAAAGUGUUGUUGGUUGGCUUUUGGAUAGUUAGAAAGCAGAAGCAAGGAGUAUUUGAAGGGAAAACGAGAGGAAUUUUAGAAAAGCAUUAGCUUCUCUUCUUUGUUCCUUAUUUUCCCCUCAGGUUUUUGUGGAUUAUCUUUCAAGAUAUACGGCCUUGUUCCUGGUUUCUUUCUUCCUUGCCGCGGUAUUCUCUUUCUGACUGAGUAGUACAUAUAUAUAUAUAUAUAUUUAAGCCACUUAAAUCUGUUAGCCAUCUUUUCUGGUACCUAUUCAUAAAUAUGUCUGUUGCCGAACUAGUGAAGAAGAAAAUUUUUGUCAGAUCGAUUGAGUUUAUUUAUCUUGUGUGUUUGUGUGUGUGUGUGUGUGUGUCUCUUUCACUUUUCUCAUUUUUUUUAUUGAUAAAUUGUGCAAAAUACUUAUCUCCAAUUUUCUAAUUGUAUUUAAUCCUUGAAACCUCAUUUUUGUUGUUCAAUUCUCUUUUCUUUUGAUCAUACACUAAUAUUUAUAUUUUUCUUUGUCAAGUAUUUAAUUUUUUUAAAAAAACAAUUGUUUUUCAUUUUUGUUAAUCGUUAUCAUCUUUUUUUGAAGCAUAAAAACUUAUUCUUUUGUGAAGAUU